AUGGGACCAGUCAGCUUUGCGCAGUGGCUGGCACUGGUGCUGCCGCUCCAGACCUGGGUGACAAUCCGGGCACAACAGACAGCCUGCAAGCAGUGGGACAGUUCCAACAGCCUGGAUGAGCUCGGCCUCUUCCAGGGUGGAGAUGUGGUUCUGGGAGGACUCUUCCCAUUGUACAACAUGCCAAUCACGCAGGACCUGUCCUACAGCGCCUCACCAGAGCUGAUGCACUGCUAUGGUUUCCAGAUGCGCCCACUGCGCUGGGCGCAGGCGAUGGUCUUUGCGGUGGAGGAGAUUAACCGGAACCCCUCCUUGCUUCCAGGGGUCAGACUGGGGUACAGGAUCCUGGACAGCUGUGGGAAGCACCCCUGGGCCCUGAGGGGGGCGCUGUCGAUGGUCAGCGGCGGGAACAAGAGCUGCAGCUCAGCCCAUUCCGUCCCGGUUAUCAUUGGGGAGGCCUCCUCCACACAGUGCAUAAUCUUGUCCAGAACGCUGGGCCCACUGGACAUUCCACUGGUCAGUUAUCAGGCUAGCUGUGCUUGUCUGAGUGACAGGAGUGCCUAUCCCAACUUCUUCCGGACGAUCCCCAGCGAUUUCUACCAGGCACGGGCCAUGGCAGAGCUGGCCAAGCGUUUUGGCUGGACCUGGGUGGGAGCUAUUGGCGCUGACAAUGACUAUGGGCGCUUGGCAAUCCAGGCCUUCUCUGAGGAGGUGAAGGAAGCAGGGGUGUGCCUGGCGUUCUUCGAGACGGUGUCACGGGAGAAUCUGGAGCAGGACACAGCCCGGGCGGCGGCAACAGUGCAGAGCUCCUCCGCCCGCAUCAUCCUAGUGUUCGCCUGGUACACGGACGUGGAGGUGUUGUUUUUGGAGCUGGCCAGGCGCAAUGUGACAGACAGGCAGUUUCUAGCCAGCGAGGCUUGGAGCACCAGUGCCGACCUCCUGCAGAACGCAGCGAUUUUCGCCGUUAGCCGGGGUGUCCUGGGUGUGGCCAUCCGCAGCGCGCCCAUCCCGGGGCUGGAGGCACACCUCCGUGCUGUGCGCCCCUCCUGGAACCCUGGGAACCCCGUGCUGAAGGAGCUGUGGGAACAAGUGUUCGGGUGCAGCCUGGGGGGGCAAAAUGGCUCUGCCUCACGGAGCCUGACUGCUUGUGAAGGGACUGAGACACUGCAGACAGUUCAGAAUGUCUUCACUGACGCAUCUCAGCUGAGGGUUACUUACAACGUGUACCUGGCUGUUUACGCUGUGGCCCAUGCUCUCCACAGCCAGCUGUCCUGCUCUCAGGAGAACACCACCAACAGGAGCCCAUACUGUGCCUCUACAGAUAAUCUCCAGCCCCGGCAGCUGCUACAUCACCUGAGCCAGGUGCACUUUACCACACAGCUGGGGGAGGAGUUUCGCUUUGAGGGCGGGGAUAUUAGGGCAGUGUACGACAUUGUGAACUGGCAGGAUUCCCCUGAUGGCUUGUUACAGUAUGUCAAGAUUGGCCAAAUGGAGGGCUCUGAACUCAACAUCAAUGACUCAACCAUCAUGUGGACUACAGGUUCCAAGACGGUACCCAAAUCUGUGUGCACCGAGGCAUGUCCCCCUGGAACACGCAAGGCCAUGAGGAAGGGAGAGCCAGUCUGCUGCUUCGACUGCAUUCCCUGUGCAGAUGGCGAGAUCAGCAACAGGACAGGCUCAGUGGAAUGUGAACGGUGUCCUGCAGAGUUCUGGUCCAACAGUCACAGGAAUGAGUGUGUUCCCCGUGAUGUAGAGUUUCUCUCUUUUGGGGACACAAUGGGCAUCACCUUGACAACCGUGGCGCUCUCUGGCACCUGUGUGACAGUGGCAGUUGGUGUGGUCUUUGUGUACCACAGGCACACACCCCUUGUGAAGGCCAAUAACUCUGAGCUGAGCUUCCUGCUGCUGCUGUCUCUGACACUCUGCUUCCUGUGUGCGCUGGUGUUCAUAGGUCAGCCCUCAGAGUGGUCUUGCAAGGCCCAGCAUCUGGUCUUCGGGAUCAUCUUUGUGCUCUGCUUGUCUUGCAUUCUGGUCAAAACCAUUGUGGUUCUGGUGGCGUUUCGGUCAGCCAGGCCUGGAGCCAACGUGAUGAAGUGGUUUGGGCUGGGCCAGCAACGAGGCAGCGUGCUGCUCUUCACCUGUGUCCAGGUGCUCAUUUGCAUCGUGUGGCUUUCUGUCAGCCCCCCCCACCCACACCGCAACACCAACCUUCAGCGGUCAAAGGUCGUUUUGGAGUGUGUGGUGGGGUCGGCAGUCGGGUUUGGCUGCAUCCUGGGCUACAUCGGCCUGCUGGCAGCCAUUUGCUUCCUGUUGGCCUUUUUAGCUCGGAAGCUCCCUGACAACUUCAACGAGGCAAAAUUUAUCACCUUCAGCAUGCUCAUCUUCUGUGCCGUAUGGAUCGCCUUUGUCCCCGCCUAUGUCAGCUCCCCAGGAAAGUACACCGUCGCCGUGGAGAUAUUUGCUAUCCUGGCCUCUAGUUUUGGGCUUCUGCUCUGCAUUUUCGCUCCAAAGUGUUACAUCAUCCUGCUGAGGCCAGAAAACAACACCCGGAAGUUCCUAAUGGGGAAAACUCCUGCCCAAUAACUUCCGAACAGGGAGCUGUCCUCUCCUUUGUAAAUAGAACCCCAACAAAAGCUUUUUAUUAGCUGUAUUUGUUACUGGUUAAUCAC